CACGCUAAAGGAAAUACACGUAGUGAACAUUCAAUGAUACACUUCAGGUUAAGCUAUUGAGUAAAAAUACCUUUUCGAGAGGUAAUUUCACGCGCAAAAGCCAAAUAGAACUUUUUUUUUUUUUUAAAUUGGUUUUUAUUUGCGUUCAGAGGGAGAUAUUUUCCUGAAAAACUAAACAUGUACUUUACUUUGAAGGCAAGAUACAAACACUUCCGGUAGCAUAAAUGCUCACCGUGUUCACUGGAUGUACGGUGAUAAGGCGCUGCUUAGUCUGGCACCUAAAUAAAAUGUGUUUUAUAUCCCAAAUGCUGCUCAAACCCACUGCUAUGGCGCCUUAAAACCCUGGAGGAAGAAGCGGGUCCGUGCUCGGAGGGUGAACGGAGUUAGUGCACUUUUUCACCGCUGAUCCGAGACGCUUCUCCCCCGAAAAACCCAGACGGCUUCUGCGGUCGCUGCUACAAUGAGCUCGGAGCACCGGAGCCCCAGCGAGGACGCCGACGAGUCGCAGGACAGGCCCGACGGCGACAAAGAGGCAGACCCUGACAUCGAAGACUCCGAGGAGGACGAUGACAUCGCCCGGCAGGAUACAGCUUCACUGUCCGGGAGCGGUGGACAGCGGCCGGAGCGCAGUGCAAGGUCUCCGGCGUCAGAUGAGCGGGAGUCCUGUUCACAACCGAGCACCGCGCCGCAGACAGGGCGCAGCUGCGACGGCGUUUGCGGGGGAAAUAGACUGUUUUCAUGGCUGCAACGCAGGACAAUUAGGCGAGGGGUGUUUGUAGAUCCAGCCCGGGACAACUUCAGGACAAUGACCAGUUUGUACUGCUCUAUGAAUCCGGCUGUGGAGUCUGUCAACCUGAGCACCCAGACCCACGGAGCGGUGUUUAACCUGGAGUAUUCCCCGGACGGGUCUGUGUUGACUGUGGCCUGUGAACAGACUGAGGUGCUGUUGUUCGAUCCCAUCUCAUCCAGACACAUCAAAACGCUGACGGAGGCCCACGAGGACUGUGUCAACAACAUCAGGUUUUUGGACAAUCGUUUGUUUGCCACCUGCUCUGACGACACCACUAUUGCAUUAUGGGAUCUCCGUAAACUGAACUCAAAGGUUUGCUCGUUGCACGGCCACGCCAGCUGGGUGAAAAACAUCGAGUACGACACCAACACGCGUCUCCUCGUCACGUCUGGCUUUGACGGCAACGUCAUCACAUGGGACACUAACAGGUUUACAGAAGACGGCUGUCCACACAAAAAGUUCUUUCACACCCGAUACCUGAUGAGGAUGCGUCUGACGCCCGACUGUUCCAAGAUGCUCAUCUCCACGUCCUCUGGGUACCUGCUCAUCCUCCACGACCUGGACCUCACGCAGUCGCUGGAGGUCGGCAGUUACCGCAUGCUGCGAGCGCGACGCACUCCGCUCACCUCAGAUGGAGGCACCUCAGCCUCCAGAUCAGCUGGAACUCCACGUCAGGGAAAUGACUCCAGUAAGAUCCACCCUCACAGAGAAGGCCUUUCUCCACGGAACAGUCUAGAGGUUUUGACUCCUGAGAUUCCUGGAGAGAGAGACAGAGGGAACUGCAUCACCUCCCUGCAGCUCCAUCCCAAAGGCUGGGCCACACUCAUCCGCUGCUCCAGCAACAUGGACGACCAGGAGUGGACGUGUGUGUACGAGUUCCAGGAGGGGGCGCCGCCUCGCCCGCUCGUCUCCCCCCGCUGCUCCCUGCGUCUCACCCACUAUAUUGAGGAGGCCAAUGUGGGGCGGGGCUACAUCAAGGAGCUGUGCUUCAGCCCGGACGGGCGCCUCAUCUGCUCGCCGUAUGGCUACGGUGUCCGCUUGCUGGCCUUCGACGAGCACUGCGGUGAGCUGGCCGACUGCCUGCCCGUCCAGACCAGCUGCCUCAGGGAGAUCCGCUCCAUCUACUCGCACAGCGACGUCGUGCUCACCACCAAGUUCUCCCCGACGCACUGUCAGCUGGCCUCAGGCUGCCUGAGUGGACGUGUGUCCCUGUACCAGCCAAAGUUUUAGCGUCCACUGCGUCCACUGCGUCAGAUUGCGUCAGAUUUGCAGUAGACCUGGGCACAGAAGCACUAAGAUAAGAUUUCUGCUGUUUCCAGCUUUGAUAAUUGCACAAAGGUUUAGUCAGAUAUUGCACUGCCCCAUAACAUUGUUUGAACACCUGUAUAUUUUCUAUGAUUUUAGACUCACUAUCAUAAAAUAUAAACACAAGAAUACAGAAUCUAAAUAUAAGUCAAAUCCAUUUGAGCAAAUUACAUUUCACUAAAUAUCUGAACAUUUUUUAACCCAUCUUUGUGUCGCAGUGCUUUGGGAUUAAACCACUCCCAUUUAAUCCCAUUUUCAAACAAAUCAAUUAAAACAAAUCACAAAGACUCCAAAAAUAAUGAUUGAUUAUUUUUUGUUUAUUCUACAUUUUAUGCCAAUAAAAGAAUGACAUGCGUAUAGAAGUUGAUAUUACAUCUUGUAACCUUGUUUGAAAUCUAUAAGCACAAUAAGUUAUUUUAUAUUUAACAGUUUUUAUUGAUUUUCACCGUAACGACACAUUACAAAUACAACAAUAAGUUAUUUUAUCCAAAUCAUUCGCACAAUUGGAAACAUAAAAAAACCAACAACUAUUUUCAUCAUCAAUGAGUUGAUUGGUUAAUAAAAUGCCAAACGUUUGUCUCCGCUGCCGUGAACACACUUUGUUUUUAUAUGUUAAGUUUAAAAAAAAAACCCGAUAAUUGUGUUUCUGUUAAAAAAAAAGAAUCUAUAAAUUCUCAAGGCUGUGAAAAAUCAGCGAAAUAUCUUCGCCAUUGACUUAAAUAUUGUCAUUUUAUCUGUAUUGACAACUCCACGCAUCUAAUAGAAGCAACAUAAAGUUAAAAUAGCUAUGUUUAAGCUCCUCAUGACCCAGGUCUGCAGCUGGGAAGCACACACAGUUUGUUUGGGGGAGGAGGAGGACGAGGAAGAGGAGGCGGAGACUUUGGCUGCAACAGUGGAUUUAAACAUUCAACCUUUUCUGAACUUGAAUCCAAGAAAAAAACAUCCGAAGCGUUGAGGAGACGUUCAAUCGUGGCGUCUGCAGGACGUCCACACACUCAAUAUUCACGUUGGAUUCUAUAGCAGUAGAAAACUUUGUGGACGCGUCUUUGUGGAUGCAAGUGGACGUGAACACGUGAAUUAUGGUGAGACAGACUGUGCUCUGCUUCUGCCUUUUCUUCUACUGGUGCUUCUCUGCUCAUCCAAUCUUAACCUUUCCACGUCCUUCACCAGCAUUAUGUCCUGUUUCUGUGUGUUGACGUCACUUGUUCUCGCUGUGCGCCGUUUGUCUUGUCACUUGUGCUUUUUCUCCACACUUUGUUUUUUUUUAUAAAAACCUGUGAAUUUGGUCGAAAAAAUGCUGUUUGUUUUGUGGUUGAGUUGAAAUGAAACUUAUUUUAACCAUUCAUUUAAUAAUUGAUGAGUGGUUGCAGCCUUAACUCGAGCUGCUUCAUAUGGGCAAAACAAAUCCACCUGAAACUGAAAUAUUUUUGCAUUAAGUCUCAUUUUCUUGGAAAAACAGAUUAGACGUUUAUUUGGAUUUUGUCAUCAAACAAAACCUUUUUUCUCAUUUUUUUUGUUAAAUUCCAAUUUCAUUUAGAAAAGUGUGAUUAUUUAGGGAUUAAUUGUGCUGCUCUAACUUUCUCUGUCUUUACCAGCUGGGAUGAUUUGUUCCUGUUUCUUCAGAAUCACAGGUGAGCAGUGUGUGAUUCAGUAGCAGGAGUAAAAAAUAAACCAGGUUUUAAAGUGUAACUAAACCCGUUGUAAGCCCGUGGAUAUGGUUCUAUAAUAAUGUUAUUUAUUGAUCCAGGUACUUUGCCUCCACGCUUUCACUGGCAUCCACAAGUUUUCCUUCCUCUCAGUGCAUGGCUUCUUGUCCCAGACUCCUCCCACUUUUAUCAUUGCUGCAGGUGUCCUUUGUCGCUUUUCUGUUUUCACCCCACCCCCCUGCACUGAUCCCCACUCCCUCACUCAGCUCAGCCCACUUCUUGGCAUCACCUUCACUCUUGUCUUUUUCACAGUUUUGCUUCAUAAUGAAAAAGAAUCUUGAAAAAUC